AUGCAAAUUUUUGUUAAAACCCUUACGGGUAAAACAAUUACUCUCGAGGUUGAGUCAUCGGAUUCUAUUGAAAAUGUAAAAUCCAAAAUCCAAGAUAAAGAAGGCAUUCCCCCGGAUCAACAACGUCUUAUUUUUGCUGGUAAGCAAUUGGAAGAUGGUCGCACGUUAUCUGAUUACAAUAUACAGAAGGAGUCGACGCUUCACUUAGUACUUCGUUUAAGAGGUGGUGCUAAGAAACGUAAGAAGAAAAAUUAUUCCACUCCAAAAAAAAUCAAACACAAGAAGAGGAAGAUCAAGUUAGGAAUUCUUAAGUUCUAUAAGGUUGACGAAAAUGGAAAAGUGCAUAGGUUAAGGAAAGAAUGUGCUGCUGAAAACUGUGGACCUGGAGUAUUCAUGGCAGAGAUGCCCAACAGAUUCUACUGUGGAAAGUGUAGUUCUACCAUACCUAAAUAA